AUGGAGAGCAGAAAACAAAACACCCCACUCGGGUGCGUCGACUGCGAUUUUAAGUGCGGCAGCGUCAAUGAGAUGUGCCGGCACAUCUUCACCACGCGACACGGCGCACGAAAGUGCCCAAAGUGCGAUACGUACAUCGUGCCCCGCGCGUUUCAAGCAGGUUUGCAGAAGCUGAUCGACCGUCGUCGCGAGCGCUCUGCCGCUGAACUUUUCAGUACCGUCGAGUCAAUGUCGCCGUUAUCGACGGAGGAGCCUUCACCGAUGGCGCUGCCGGACAUUUCUGCCUUCAGCACGGCAGAGCCGUUAACCUCCAUCGCCGUCAGCGGGCACCCGCACCUGACGGACGUGCCAAACUUCCACUCCUUCGAAAAGGCAGACUUCAUCCUGCAAGGAGACCCGCGGGACUACGGACUGCACAUCGACGUCGCCUCGGAUGUGCAGAGCCGCAAUGCGAGUGCGAGCUUGACCCUCGCCUCCGCCAACGAUGUCUCUACGCCUGCGGUGAUCACAGUGCCGUUUCGCUGUAUGGACUGCCUCAACUACUGCCCUACCUGGACGCAGGUGACGAAGCACAUCGAGCAGAGCGGACACACCCUUCCUGUGUGCGUGCAGUGCAACCAGCGCCUGAAGUGCUUCGGCCCUCUGCGACCAUCGCAGCACGAGCUCAAAGACGACCACCGCGGCUUCUACGGCGUCUUCUACACACGUCGCGACUACCAGUGCGACAUUCAAGCGGCGCAGACCGUGUACAACGGCGCGAACCUCUUCACAGGACUGUCCACGCUGCAGUACAAGUGCGUGUGCGGGGUGUCGUUUCUCCAUCCCUUGUACCUCGCCGAGCACUUGCUCCGCGUGCACCACGUCACGUGCAUCAGCGACUGCGCCGUGUGCCGCUGCUGUAAUAAGAGCGGCACCUUUGCGGAGCUCAUUGCGCACUUGCGGGAACCGUGCUGGUGCAGCAAGGACGGUAAGGACGGCGCCAAGUCGAACCCCGCCGUGGUACCCCUCUCCAUGCCGGCGAACCCCAUCGCGGCGGCCGCGGUGGAGAUGGCGAGGCACGGCCGCCCGCUAGAGGAAAAGGGGGCGCACACGCCGGUGUACGGCCUUGACGACAUGGCGGCGAUGGCACACCUGGUGGAGGCGCGCAACUUCUCUGGAACUGCUUUUCUGCAGUUCCGUCCGCUGCUCCCGCCCAUGUCGGACGACGAGGUCCCCCUCAUCAGCGAGGCGCACGCGCUAGCUAAUCUGCCACUGGACAGUCGGAGCGCGAGCGCCAGCGCAUCCACCUCCGCCUCCGCAGCGCGGAAGCCGUCCUACAGUGUGCUGUAUCAGUGUCGAGAGUGUCUGUUUUUGUUUUCCUCGUGGGACCGCAUUGUCCAACACAUCCACGCCACAGGGCACUGCCGCACAUACUGCACCGAGUGCGGCACGUUUCUGCCGGAGCUGCUGAAUUACUCGGCCAGUGAGAGAAGUAGCGCUUCGCGCGCACAGCAGCAGCACCAGCGGCUAUACAACCCUCAACUACCACCAGAGGGGCACAUGUUUGCCAGCGCCUCUACGCCUGCUGCCGUUCGGUGCACCUCUCUCGCCGCGCACAUCGACCACCUGCACCGCCACGGCGACAUCAUCGGCUUUCCUGCAUCGCCAGAAACGCUUGAGGUGCUCGUGGAUGUCAACGCGGCGUGUUACGGCGGCUCGCUCGAUCCGCAACCCGAGAAGUUCACGAAUGCGCCACGCACGCUGAUGGUUUACCAGUGCCCAGCGCAGCACAAAGGCUGUUACGAGGUGUUUCUGCACUACGGUGACUUCAUCGCCCACUUACUGACGUCCGGGCACGGCAUCAAGCACGAGUCAGCCAACCCCACGAAUGAGAGCAAACAGAGUGCGUUGGUCACGCUGCCGACCAGCUAUCCAAUGGUGACCUACCAUGCGAAGUUCACCGUGGCACAGCUGCACGAGCACUUCGGUUUUGUUCAAUGUCCGUAUUGCGAAACGGCGUUCCCGCAGGAGGAGGAGCAGCUGCACAUUGCUCUGUGCGUGGAGCGCCGCCGACGGUUCGGCCGGGCAAGCUGA